AUGAAAGUGCUACGAAACUUAUUACGUCCCUGGUCACGGUUAGAAUUAAAAGUUUUAGAAACUCUUGUUAAAAAACAUGGUCAAGAUUGGGAGAAAAUCGCCAAACACAUGCCUGGUAGAAAGGCUGGCGAAUGUUGUAUUCAAUAUUAUUCCCUGCCUUUAUACUAUCGCGAAGUAGAAAACAUACAGACAAAAUACACUAAAGCUGACUCCAAAAAAACUUUCUCCGAAGAAGAGUGUAAACUUAUAGACGGUUUACUCGAAAAAUAUGGUUGUAGAUGGUCGUUGAUUUCGAGUCAAUUCCCGUCGAAGACGCCAGAGUCAAUAGAAACAUUUGUAUAUGAAAAUUUAAAUAGGUUUCCUUCACUAUUAACAUUUUCAGAUAAAUCAAAUAAAACUAAAUCAUGGUCUGAUAGCGAAAUGAAGUUGCUUGAUAAUUUAUUUAAGAGAUAUUGCUCCAAUAGUAAUUCAAUUUCACAAAGAAUAUCAAGUAGAUUAUCAGGAUCCGUGUCUCUGUUAUUGCCACAUCAUCCGCAGAGACUACCAACAUUUCAUAACGUGAAAAUCUCAAAGUGGUUCAAGAUCUCGAGUCCGUGGUCAGAACGUGAGACACGUUUAUUAAACGAUCUUGUUGAGCAAUAUGGUAAUGAUUGGUCUUUAAUAUCAAGCAGGUUGCCUGGGAGAACUGCAUAUGCAUGUAAAGAAAAAUAUCAUUCUUGUUGGCAACCGUCAUUAAAUAAAACAGAAUUGGUAAAACACAGUUGGCCACAAGAGGCGGUUCAGCUUUUAGACCUCUUAAUAUCAAAAUAUGGAAAAUGGCAAAUAAUCCCAAUUCUUUUACCUGGCAUUUCACCUAUGAAUCGCCAUGUACGCAACACAACUCUUACACGAGGAUGGAAAGAUCAAGAAAUAUCUCUUUUGAAAGACCUAGUGAAAAAACAUGGUCGAAAUUGGAAAAAAAUAAAAUCUUAUUUUCCGCAUAAGCAAAUAAAAACGAUUGAAUUUCAUGUGAGGACAAAUCCUCAACUUUAUUACAUUGAAGGACAAGAGAACGAGGUUGAUCUCUAUGAAAUCCAACAACAUUUUUAUAUAAAAAAACCUUGGUCUGGAGAGGAAACAAGGAAGCUUUUAGAAUUAAAAUCACAAUAUGGUACAGAUUGGCGUAAGAUCUCAGAAGGCCUUCCUGGUAGAUUACCGUCUGGGUGUUUUUAUAAAUAUCAGAUUAUGACAAAGGUAUUCAUGAAAGUCGAUAAAGAUUGGAAUUUUGAGGACAUAAUACGAGUGCAAGGGUUAGUUCAGAAAUAUGGUUCAGACUGGGAAUUUAUCUCACAAAAAAUGCAACACAAAAGCCCCAGUGAAAUACAGCAACUUGUGAACGAAAAUUCUCAAAUUUUUUCUUAUCCUGUCCCAUCAUUAAAUUCCAAUGCUGAAAAAACUGCAGCUAAAGCUUGGUCUGACGAAGAUAUAUUAAAGUUGGCAAAUCUUAUUGAAUUGCAUGGUAGCGAUUGGAAAAAGAUUGCGGAAAACUUUCCCGAGAAAACAAUUGAAGAAUGUAUGGAAUACUAUUAUUCGCAUCGAAGCAUUUUCCCGGACUUAAAUCCGCUUAGUACAGAUAAUUGGGCAUUGCCAGAUCGCAGUGGUAAAUCAUGGACUGAGAAAGAAGUACAAUUGUUAAAGGAAUUACUGGAAGAAUACGGUGUGGAUUACCAUAGAAUCUCGAAAUUUAUUCCGGGAAGGACAUGCGCAUCGAUCAGAUCAUAUGUUGAUUGGCAUCGUCAGGAUUUUAAUGAACUUUGCACAUUCGAAAAUAAAACAAAAGCAAUGCAAUGGACGAAAGAUGAGGAAAAUAAGUUACUGAACCUUAUAAAACUUUACGGAGGGGAAUGGAAGACAAUUUCUA